CAAGAUGAAGAUGGCCAUAGAACUGUCCAAUUAGACUACCAAGAAGCAGUUGUUUUCUUUGGAUUCUACAAGAAACAGUUAAGAUUUCAAAUAACUGCAACGGCACUAGAGGAAAACUCUGUUAUCCUGAACACAGCCAACCUGACUGGUGGUUAUUUUCAAAUAAACCAAAAAUGGGUUUUGUCUGAUUCUAAGAAUGGAGAGGAGGAUGGAACAUUCUUAGAGGAUCAUUUUACGUUCACGACUCCACGUAUUUUAUCAAGACUUGCUAAACCUCAAGCACAGGCUGCCCACACUGGUUUGUUGGAAAAUAUCUGGAGAUAUUUUAAAGACAUCAAGGAAAUUUAA